AUGGAGGCCCUCUUAUCGCUCGCCUUUGACAAUAUUGCGUCCAAGGAUACACAGAAGAUUCGUAAGGGAUUACGCCAGAUUGAGGGCAUGCUGGCGCAGAUUUGUCUCUCUGGCGCAAAGUCGAAACCCAGCACACCAGGCCACCGCCGGAAUGCCUCAGCAGUCACUCUGAGCGAGCAACAGCAACAGCAACAACAACAAGCCACAGCAAAGAAGUUGGGACAGCUAUCAGACGAUCUCGCCUUCCGAGAGUUUUUUCGCCUGCAAGAGGGGUUCGAAUGGAAUGUUGUGACCAGGGUAGCCGACUGUCUGGAUCGAUUGCUUGGUAUGGGUAGUAGCAAAGAUGGCCAGAACGACAUCCUCAUCCUCUCAUCGCUUUCCAACAUACAAGGUCUCCUCCUGCUACACCCCCCGUCACGCAUCAUCUUCGGGCGCGAGGUAUACAUGAACCUUCUCCUCGACCUGCUCGACCCCUACAACUGCCCGGCGAUCCAGUCACAAGCCCUCCUCGUCCUCGUCUCCGCCCUGCUCGCCACGCCCCAAAACACGCGGAUAUUCGAGCACAUGGACGGCCUGCUCACCGUAACGAGUCUGUUCAAGGACGAGGAGACAACACAGGGCGUCAAGGUCAAGCUGCUCGAGUUCUUGUAUUUUUACCUCAUGCCCGAAAUGCCCGUCUCGGGCCCUCAGCGGGGUCGCGACAAGGUCAGGACGGCCAUGGACCGGCGGGGGAGCACCGACGACGGCAGCAAUGGAGUCAAAAAGCACACACGGUCGCAGGCUGAGAAGCAGCAUAUGCUAGGCAAGUACCUCAACAAUGUGGAUGCUCUGGUCGAGGAUCUGCAGGAGAGUGCGCCAUUUACAAACGUCGCCUGCUAA